AUGCCUCCGAGUAUCCAAUACCACUGCCCGUGUCUCUCCUCCACUCCGGCCCCACCGCCGCCGCACCUGACCUCGUCCUCUUACAGCUUCCACCCGCUGCACGAGCUCUACUUCUGCGAGGAAUGCGAUGCCGUGCGAUGUAACCGCUGCGUGUCGAUCGAGGUCAGUGGCUACUACUGCCCGAACUGCCUCUUCGAGGUGCCCAGCGCGAGCGUUCGCGCGGAGAAGAACAGGUGCGCGCGGAAUUGCUUUCUGUGCCCCAACUGCCGCAACACGCUCUCUGUGGUGCCGUCGGACCCUCCAGACAUCGACGACGGAAGAUCAGCCAACCUGAGUCUCAACGCCGUCGGCGAGCCGCCCUUCUUUCUCUACUGCAACCACUGCAGGUGGGACUCGGCCGAGGUGGACAUCACGUUCGAAAAGCCCACAGGGCUCGCAGCGCAACUACAGAAGUACGAGGACUCCGCGCCUGAAUCGCUCGAGUUCGAGCGCCUCAAGGAAAACUUUGAGCCCUUCCUACGUGCAUCCUCCUCCGCCCAUGCUCCGUCGACCGCGUCCCACUCACACCACUCCCACGUGAACCCCAUCACAGCAGCCGCGUCCUCCGCCCUUGCGCGCGACAUCCCUGGGGUCAGUAAGUAUACACCCCACCCGCGCACUCGCGGCCGCGACAAGGGUUCUAAGGACGAGUCGCCGGAGUACCGCAGCCGAGUCGAGACGUCCGUGGCUGGCGCUGGCGGGGAACAGGACCUUGAUUUCAUGCAGCACAUCGAGGAAGUGAGCGAGGUGGCCGCGCUGGAACAGCGGUGGGCGAACAGCUGGGCGACAUCGCUGAGGGCGCAAGACCUCAAACCACUACGCAUCCCAUUACACUCAAAAAAGUCCAAGCGCUGUCCAACAUGCCGCCACAUCCUCAUCAAACCCGAGCAGAAGGCACAGUCGGUGCGCUACAAGAUCAAGCUCGUCGCCGCCAACUACCUCCCCUCCAUCACCGUCGCGCUGCCCCAGCCCGAACCCGUCCGGCGCACCGCGGGGUCUCGAAUCGUCUCUGGCGAGGACACCAGCGGGGCGGGCGGCAUGAUGGUGGGCAAGACGUACCCAUUCCACCUCGCCAUGACGAAUCCGCUGUACGACCCGAUCCAGGUGCGCCUGUCGGUGCAGAGGCAGAUGCCCGCCGUGGCCGUGGCGUCCGGAGAGCCCGCAUCGCCCGAAAAGGCGCGUCGGCCGCCGUUCGCGGUGUCGCUGCCGUCUGCCGCGUUCCCGAUCGCCGCAUUCGCGGAGGCGUGGGAGUACGAGGACGACGAGGACAUGUUUGGCGUGGAGGAUGACGAGUUUGGAUUUGACGGCCGUGGGGGCGCGCGCGUGCAGGGCGCGAAGAGCAAGACCGUGGGCGUGCUCGAGAAGCGGGCGAACGUGACGAUUGUGGGAGGCGAGGUGAUGAUCGGGAAAGAGGCAAAGGGGGAAGUCAAGUUCAACAUGCUCGUUUCGUACACGUAUCGCUCGGACGACGCGCUUCCCGAGGACGACGUGCGUGGGACGCCAUCGCGGACAAACAAAGCGCAGGCGCCAGAGAUGAAGACGUUCUCGUUCUACACGGUGGUGGAGCUGGGGACGAUCCUGGCACGAGAGGAGAGCAGGGUGGAUGAUUUCUGA